GUCCAACUCCGCCGUCACAACUGAGGGUAAUACUGAACAUCAUACUCCGUACAACCCGUGGAGAUUUUUUGUUAUAUUACUUAUCACCGAAAAUAUAACUACUGUGCUGGUAGAAGUCUGAGAACCCUUGCCUUUGCGUGCCAUGCCGCCUCCAAGUCGCGAAGGAGUCGAGUACUAUGAGAUCCCGGACUUCACCUUUUCCAACGGGACGACUCUCCACGAAGUGCGAGUCGCCUAUCGAAGCUUCAACCCAUCAUCGACAGCCGGCGUCGUCCUGAUACCGACCUGCUAUGCGGGGUUCAUCAACACCACGUUGACGUUCACCAAUGCGCCAUACGAUGUCCUGGCGCCGUAUCACGUCGUGGUGGUCGCCAUGCUCGGCAACGGCGAGAGUUCGUCGCCGUCAAACAAGCCUUUCUUCCCUCGGCCGGGCGAACUUCGUUACCAAGACGUGAUCAACGCACAGUACGCCCUUUUGACGUCGCACUUGAAGGUGGCGUCGCUCGAAGCCGUCGUCGGGUUCAGCAUGGGCGGCCAGCAGGCUUAUCAUUGGGCCGUCAUGUACCCGGACUUUGUCAAGCGGAUUGUGGCCAUCUGCUCUUCGGCCCGGACGAGCUUGCACAACUAUGCCUUUAUCGAAGGACCGGUGUCCGCGUUGACAAACUCCAUCGACUACAUCGCGUGGCGGGCCAUGAAGGAUAAAGUCGCCCGUGGGGAGGAUGUCGGUGCCAAUCUCAAGGAAGUCACGCCCAAGCACGGGCUCCGAGCCUUUGCGCGCGCGUAUGCGGCGUGGUUGACCAGCACGAAAUGGUUUCGCGACCGUGAGUUCACCAAGGCCGGCAUUUUCAGUGCAGACACUAUCGAGGGGUGGAUGCAGAAGAGGGAGGAAGUCUACGAGGCCUGGGAUGCCGACGAUCUGCUGAUCCUAGCACGCAUGUGGCAGAUGGGCGAUGUGGGCUUGGUGAUUCCGGGUCUUGCCCAAGACAGCACAAAACUGAGCCAGCUGGGUGGUGCGAUUCCAGAUGAUGAGCUGUAUGUCAAAGCUCUAGAGGGGAUCAAAGCUAAGGCCCUGCUCAUGCCGUGUCGGACGGAUCAGUAUUUUCCUCCCGAGGACUCGGAGAUUGAGGCCAACUAUCUCAAACGUGGUACGCUGGCGGUGAUCGAGUCUACAUGGGGCCAUACCGCUGGUGGAGGAUUGAAUGAGAAGGACAUCGAGUUUAUGAACACCCAGCUGUCGAAGUUCAUCAAGGAAUGAUCGAUAAUGCUACUGGCAGUGCUGGGCGUAGCAAUAUGCACGGCUUCACAUCUUGGAAAUCCGAAGAGAGGAAAGACAUCGUUAGUGCGGUCUCUAUUGCUGUUUGUCAACUGCUUUUCAGAGACUCUGGACUCGGUGAACGUUGUUUCGCAGAGCAACAUAUUUGCAGAUGAAAUUCCUUGCCGUUUCCACUAGACCAUGCCUGCCAAAUCUGCCUGCUCAAUGCAUCCAACAGUGCCUCUUCAACAGAGGUCAAUAUGAUCG